CGCAAAGAUGUUGUAGCAAGAACACGAGCCACUGCCACUACGUGUCGCAUCAGAUUGGAUGAAAGUCCUCCCCGCGACAAUGAUAGCCUUUCAACCAAUAGAAUGAUCGCAAGAUAAGUAAGUAAUCAAUCUUGUUGUUCGUUUUCUUUUACUUUUCCUACUCCAUCGUGCCUUUUGCUACCCCAUCUAUCUCGAUCACCAGCAGAAUUGCAAUUAUCACUGAC